AUCGGAUAAAGUAAAAAUACUAAUUAUAAAACGUUUAUUUCGUACAUUACUCGGGUAUUUUACACAUUAUCUACGACUGAGUGGUUAAAGUACUUUGAUAAAAUGUAUACGAUAAAAUUACGAUUGUAGAUAAUUGUUUUUGAUUAAACAUAUAAUAUUUAGUACAGUGCUAGUUCGUCGUUCGUUUUAAUACAUGUGUCGUACAUAUAGAUAUUUAAAAUGACUUCACGCGAAAGAUUUUACGAAUGUUUUUAUAAAAUAGUCAAUGAAAAAAAUAAUAAUUCAGUUUAUUUAUCGGCAGUUAAGUAUAAUGAAAUAGUUUCGGAAAUUAAAAAUGUGAGAUCAAGUGGAAUAAAAAGUAACAAGGCAUAUCGAAUUUUGAAAAGGUACGACCUCAUUACUAUUGGAGAAGAAAAUAAAUUAAUAUUGCCGUUGUUGGAAGGUAAUACAAACAUUUUGUAUUAUAUUACUGAUGAAAAUAUCUAUGAUGUGCUACAUGAUGUACAUUUAAGUAUUGGACAUGGUGGAAAACACCGCAUGAAUGCUGAAGUUAAAAAAAGUAUAAAAAUAUAACACAAGAAGCAGUAUCUAUUUACUUAAAAUUUUGCGAAUCAUGUCAAUCAAAACAAAAAUCUAAAAGUAAGGGUCUAGUGAUUAAACCAAUGGUGUUUUCGGAAAUGAAUAGUAGGUGCCAAGUGGACUUGAUUGAUAUGCAAUCGCAGGGGGAUGGAGAGUUCCGGUUUAUUAUGGUAUAUCAGGAUCACCUUACUAAAUUUGUUCAAUUAAGACCCUUAAAAACAAAGAGAGCAGAAGAAGUUGCAAAACGUCUUAUUGACAUAUUUUGUAUUUUCGGAGCUCCGAUGAUAUUACAAUCUGACAAUGGCCGUGAGUUUGUAAAUAAAAUAAUAGAAGACUUAAAAGAAAUGUGGGACACACUGAAAAUCGUUCAUGGAAAACCACGCCACAGUCAGUCACAAGGGAGUGUCGAGAGAGCAAACCAAGACAUACGAAAUAUGUUGAUAACAUGGAUGAAGACAAAUAACUGUAAAUCAUGGUCGGAGGGACUUCGAUUUGUAAAGCUAAUGAAAAAUAGGGCCUAUCACGACGGCAUUAAAAGAUCACCAUACAUGGCCAUGUUUGGCACUGAUGUGAAAAUUGGUUUGUCAUCAUCUUUACUACCAGCUGAAGCAGUGGAAAAAUUAACCACUGAACAAGAAUUGGAAGAAAUAUUGCAAAGUGUCGUAACAGACUAUGAACAAAAAGACGAUCAUAAUGUUUCUGAUAAAGAGGUAAAUUGUUGACAAUAUACAGGGUGUGAGUGUAACAGAAAGAACUGACUUUUGAAAAAACUUUUGUUCUAAUUAAUAUUUUCAAUUUUUUUUUAUUUAUCAUUAAGAGACCCUAGCGAUGAUACAUGAAUAAUUUAAUUUUUUUAUGUUUAUUUUUCAUUAGCUACUGAAAAUAAAAUAAAAUUUAAUUUAAAUAUUUUUGAAAAAAUUUAAAAUAGCCAAUUUAUGAAUUUGAUUAUAAGAACAAUUUUGAUGGUAAAAAUAUUUAUCCAAGUCAAGUAGUUUAUUUUCAGUUUGUUAUCAGUUUCCGAUUAUAGUAAUACAAAUACUUUAUCCACAGCACACCGCAUAAUAUAUAAAUUGAUUGGAUAUUACAUAUUUAAGGUGGAUAAUGUAUACAUUACACUAUUCAUAUGGAUAAGUUUCACAUUACCCGGGUAAUAUGUACACUAACCGUUUUUGGACCUUACCCGUAACAUAUACAUACAUAAAAGCAUAAAAAAUAUGCAUUAUAAAUUCAACAUAUUGUUUAGAAUCUAAAAUUUAUAAUGAUAAAAAUAUUUUUUUUUAAUGACUUAAGAUUAUUUAAUUUAAUUUUUGAGAUGAUGAAUAUUUAUUAUUUACUGUUAUAGGAGUCACCAAUUAUAGGUUAAAUUAUAGGUUA